CAACCAGUAUGUUGCAGUGUAACUCGUUUCGGGGCUAUCUACGUGCUGCUGACCGGUGAUUAAAUUUGACUCUGUGCGUGUUUUUUUAAAAUAUAGAAGUCAUCUCACAUAGAGUGGUUGGAGUGAAGGGGAGAAGAUUUUAAACCAUACGAAAGCCGAAACGUAAAGCAGAUUUACUCUUAUCUGUACGCCGCCCAACAGCUGAAUGUCUUCGUAUUGAUGGACGAAUAUAUUGAAUGCAGCGCAGAAGCUGGGUCUCUUUCGGUUGCAAAGCUCAUACCCAAACGAUCUCGUGAAUUAGAUAUCAAACCUGGCUGUGAAACUUGGGGUGUCGCAUUUUCACCUGAUGGCUCGUACUUUGCAUGGUCACAAGGGCACAAUAUUGUAAAAUUGAUUCCUUGGCCACCUGAAAGCUGUAAAAUAAGCCGUAAAAGCACAAGUCGUUUAAAAUCGGAUGGCAAGGCAAAAAGCCAGUGUGGUGAAAAGAUAAUCGACUGUGGUCAGAAUGUGUGGGGGUUAGCAAUUGGAUCCCCUCCCUCUGAGAACAGAAGUCAGUCGUCAGCGAACCAGAGCAAGCGCUCGGGAAUGAUCCUCGCCACAGGUCUUUCAAAUGGAGAAAUCAAACUGUGGGAAGUGCCUACCGCGCAUCUACUCUUCAAUUUAAAAGGCCAUCAGGCUGUGGUGAGGUGUUUUGCUUUUAUCUCCAACAAAAACUUCAUGCUGGUCUCUGCAUCACGAGACACAACUUUGCGUGUAUGGGACCUACAACAGAAAGGUAAAGUACUACAUGUAUUAGAUGGCCACAGACAGUGGGUCUAUUGUUGUGCAGUUUCCCCUGACUCGAGUAAACUAUGUUCUGUGGGAGGAGGAAAGACUGUUUUGCUGUGGAACACAACUUCAUAUACGAUGAUUCGGAAAUUAGAAGGACACAGCGGCGAUGUCGUUUCAUGUGAAUUUUCCCCUGAUGGAGCAUUAUUAGCGACUGCAUCGUAUGACACACAUGUAAUCGUGUGGGAUGCGCACACUGGAGAAAGCUUGAUGAAACUGAGACAUUGUGUCCCCACUGCUACUGCUAUGGAUAUUGAUAGUGGUUUCAACACUGGCUUUGUACGAGCAGUCUCCUUUUCCCAGGAGGGUUUAAAUCUUACCUCAGUGGCUGAUGACGGAUUGUUGAGAAUUUGGUCCUUGGCUUUACAAAAACCAGUAACAAUUGCCCCUUUGGUGAAUGGGUUGUGUUGUACAUUCUCUCCACAUGGUGGUGUACUGGCUACAGGGACACGAGAUGGCCAUGUUAAAUUCUGGACAAUACCUAGGGUCUUGCCAACUCUACAACACAUUUGCCGCAUUGCUCUGCGCCAUGUGAUGUCGACCCAGCAGGUUAUGCUCCUACAAGUGCCUAAAAAGAUGAAGGAGUUUUUAAUUUAUAAGACAUUCUAGUUUACACCUGUGAGAUGUAAACAAUUUGGGAGGAAAAGUAAACUGUCAUAUCAGACAAUUUACUUGUAUAUUUUUAAAACCAAGAUAUCAACGUGCACUUUAUUAAAAUUCUCUACAACUAUAUUACAAUAUUACUGCCAAGACCCUUUUUUAUGUAUUUAUUGCUUUAUAUUAAAUUAAAAAUUGAGUGCUGUUCAAGAAUUCCUUUGCCUCCACAGAUGCUGCUUCAGUCAGAGUUCCUCCAGUGUUUUUUUAAAAUUCCUGAUUCUAGCAUCUGUUUUAAGAAUAUUUUUGUCUACCGUUAGAACUUACCCUGUUUUGAACUGACACAGCCUAUCAAAUAUAUUUAUUACAAUGUACAUAGAGAUUGGUGAAUAUGAUUUGCUAUUUAACUAUGAAAAUUAAAAUUAUCUGGAGAAAGAAGUCCAAUAAAUGUUCUAUUUGUAUGCCUCCAUGUUGCGACAAAAUACCUCCCCCCCCCCCACCCAAAACAGUCGACUAAGUCACAAGACAAUCUAAAUAAAAACAAGUACUGGAAGCACUCAAGCAGGCCAAAUUGUACAGUAUCUGUGGAAAGUGGUUACCAUUGCAAUUUAAAGAAUCCUCACAAGAAGUUUGGUUCUUUGGUUUAAUUCAUUUAGCCAGUGGGGGAAAAAUACUAUAUUGUACAUCCUUGUUAAAUCAUUUCAUUAUUUUAUAAAUACUGAUUACAGCUAUUGAAGUCCUUGAAAAAUAAUUACAAAUCUGUUGCUAAUUCAUUUGUAGCUUCUUCUGUAACUCGUUUAAAAUUAUAAUCUGGUUGACCAUUUCAUGUUUGGAUUGCUGAUCAUAAUCGGUUAAUUUUAGAACUUGUAAUUGGCUAAUGUUUUAACUUGCCUUUUUCUCUUUGGAUCAGUAUUUUGGUCGGUUAAUAUUCCUGUUUACCUGCCCACAGGCUGGUUUUAACCCCUGGUAGAAUUGAAUUGAAAUAUAUUGAAGUGGUGGUGGUGGUGGGGGAAAGAGAGGAAAGGAUUUUUAAAAAAAAUAUUUCUGCUUGUAUGGCCAGUCAGUGGGACUAAAACUG